AUGUCUUUAGUGGAUAUUUUGGAGAAAGCUCAAGCGCUUGGCUUGAGUGCAGACGUAGUUCAUGAUUUACUAGAAAAGCAGCAUCAGAUAGAUAAGGAUAAGGCGGAUAGAUUGGAGCGGUCAGCCGAACGAGAGACGAGACGGCUAGAAUUAGAAUAUCACGAGGCAGAGAGGCGACGAGCGCAUGAACUCGAGCUUGCUAAGAUUAAGCAUAGUAGUUCGAACGAGUUAGACAGUAAUUCUAGGUCAAAUUCGCAUAUGUUCGAGGGUCUUAGACUGCCUACUUUUGCCGACGGCCAAGAUGAUUUAGAUAGUUAUCUACAGCGGUUCGAACGUUUAGCAGAACUGCAUGGGUGGAAGCAUGAGGACUACCACGUAUAUCUAGGUACAUCAUUACGUGGUCAAGCACUUAAGGUGUAUAUUUCUUUACCAGAUGAAACCCUCCGAAAUUAUGAACGUUUAAAGGAAGCCCUGCUUAGAGCAUUUGCUGUUGAUGCAGAUUCUUAUAGAAGAAAAUUCAGAGAGAGUAAAUGUAAAGAAAAUGAAUCAUAUGUACAGUUAGUGGUUAAGAUGGAGCAGUAUCUCGAUCGGUGGCUGUCCAUGAGUAAUGUUGAGAAAGAUUACGCUCGUCUAUUUGAUUUCCUUAUCCGGGAACAGUUACUGACAAAUUGUAGUUCUGAUUUACGCGUGUUCUUAAAGGAAAGAGGGUGUGAAAGCGCAACGGAGAUGGCGGAAGCAGCAGAUAGAUAUCGUAGUGCUCACGCAUAUCGCGGAAGCAAACUGUCAAGGCCGGUGCAAAAACAGAGUUCACCUAAUUCUGAUGACAUUAAAUGCCAUGGAUGUGGGAAGCCUGGUCAUAUCCGUCCGAACUGCCCUAGUAACCCUAGAAACUUUAAGCAAAAGACAGAGGGUAAAGUUAAUUUUGUUUUUCAGUCUGAGAUGAAACCACAAAACAGUAUAAUUGAUGCUGAAGGCAAGUUGUUUGAAAAACCAGCGGAGGUUAUGUUUGACACGGGAUGUUGGAUGUUCGACUACGUGCUUAUCGGACUAGUUCCUGGCGUAAAAUUGCCUAGUAAGUGCGCCACUACCUCGCUCGAGCACGGACAGAGCAAAGACGUAGGCGAUGAUGCUUCACAAGCUCUUACAAAGGUAGGCGAUGUUUCUGUGGGUAAUGACUACAAAAUCGCGGAUAAAAAGGAUGUUAAUGAGUCUCCUGACGUCAUUGCUAUGAGUGUCCAGACUCGUUCAUCUAUAUCAAAAGUGGUUAAGAUUACCUCAUUAGCUUGUUCAGAAUUCCUAGACCUAAAUAUAAAUAAAGAUCAAAUAAGGGAGGAACAGCUAAAUUGUCCAACUCAUCAAUCUAUCAGGGAAAACGUCAAAAGCGGAAAACGUGUGAAAGUAAAAUCGCGCACAGUAAAAUUUGAAAUAAUAGGCGGACUAAUUUACAGGGUAUGUCUUGAGAGCAAAUAUGAUUACGAAAUUGGAAGUAAGCAGCUUGUUAUUCCAGAUAAGUACAGGAUUCACGUCCUAAAUCUGGCUCAUGAUUCACUGACUGCCGGACAUUUCUCUCAUCGGAAGACGAGUUUUAAAGUAUUUUCUAAAUUCUUUUGGCCCGGUGCUGGCGCUCACAUUAAGAGAUAUUGCAGAUCAUGCCCAAUAUGUCAGAAAUUUUCAGCCAAGGGAACUGUACGUAAAGUACCUAUGAAGAAUCUCCCCAUAAUUUCCGAACCCUUUUCACGUGUUGCCAUAGAUCUAGUCGGACCUUUUUCACCUUGCUCAGAGAGAGGAAACAAAUAUGUGCUUACUUUAAUAGACUACGCUACACGAUAUCCCGAAGCUGUACCUCUGAAAAACAUUGAUACAGUAACCGUUGCGGAAAGCUUGGUAGAAAUAUUCUCGAGAGUUGGUGUCCCGAGAGAGAUCUUAUCUGACCGUGGUUCACAAUUCAAAUCUGAUCUCAUGAGCGAAAUUCACAGAAUGUUAUCCGUUAAAGCUUUAUAUACCAGCCCCUAUCAUGCUUCAUGUAAUGGUGCUGUAGAAAGACUGAACGGUGUAUUAAAGUCAAUGAUAAAGAAGCUUUGCGUAGAUCACCCGAAAGAUUGGGAUCGCUAUAUACCUGCUGCCCUAUUUGCCUACAGAGAAAUUCCGAACGACAGUCUUAAGUUCUCCCCAUUUGAAUUAUUGUACGGACGUCAGAUUCGUUGA